GACAGGAUGGCUGCUAGAAGUUCGGCGACAAGCCACCCAACAACAAUGACUUCGAAGGAUGCGCUCGAGACCUCCCAUGACCAGCACGGCGAUGAGAAAAUCACCUUCGAGUUUGGCGGCGCCCCUGGGGUGACCCUCGUGAUGCUCGGGUUCCCCAUCAUCAUGUACUACAUGUUCAUCGGAGCGACUCUGUAUGACGGUCACCUCCCGUUGCCAGAGGAAAAUCAGUCCAUUACCGAGUUCCUCUCCCAUCUCGUUGACCUCGCAUAUACCCACGCCUAUCCCCAUCGCAAAGCCUGGAUCAUAUACUGGACCUUUCUGGUCUUAGAAGGAGUCGGAUACCUCUACCUUCCCGGGGUAUACGGAAAGGGAAAAUGCCUGCCUCAUUUGAACGGCAAGCAAUUGGACUAUUACUGCUCCGCGGCGGCAUCAUGGUAUGUCACCAUAGUUGCUGCCUUGGCCCUUCACUUCUCCGGACUCUUCCGUUUGAGCACACUCGUCGAUGAGUUUGGCCCGUUGAUGACCGUGGCUAUCUGUUCGGGUUUCUUGGUAUCGAUCAUUGCGUACGUGUCUGCAUUCGCAAGAGGCGCACAACACCGGAUGACGGGGUCUCAUAUUUAUGACUUCUUCAUGGGCGCGGAGCUGAACCCCCGGUUGUUCGGGUGGCUCGAUAUGAAGAUGUUCUUCGAAGUUCGCAUUCCCUGGUAUAUUCUCUUUCUCUUGACGCUCGGCACUGCGCUGAAGCAGUGGGAAGAUUAUGGAUAUGUGUCUGGGCCGGUGUCGUUCCUGCUCAUGGCGCACUUUCUUUACGCGAAUGCCUGUGCCAAGGGUGAAGAGCUCAUCAUCACUAGUUGGGAUAUGUAUUAUGAGAAAUGGGGCUUCAUGCUCAUCUUUUGGAACCUAGCUGGUGUGCCCAUGAGUUAUUGCCACUGUACACUGUACUUGGCAAACCAUGAUCCGGCAACAUACAAGUGGAAUCCCAUGGCACUGGGACUUUUAUUCAUUAUGUACCUCUUCGCAUACUGGGUGUGGGAUACCUGCAACAGCCAGAAGAACAUUUUCCGAGCCCAAGAGAGAGGAAAGCCGGUGAACCGCAAGACGUUCCCUCAGCUACCGUGGAGGUCGGUGAAGAACCCUGUCUCUAUCAAGACGAAAACAGGAGACUCAAUCUUAUGUGAUGGAUGGUAUGGCAUGGCACGAAAGGUCCAUUAUAGCUGCGACUGGUUUUUCGCCCUUUCCUGGGGUCUCAUAACCGGCUUCAACUCGCCCUUCCCGUGGUUCUACUCGUGGUUUUUCACCGUGAUGAUAAUCCAUCGUGCUCAUCGGGACAUCGAGCGGUGCCGUGAGAGAUAUGGAGAAGCCUGGCGCGAGUAUGAGCGGAGAGUUCCAUAUUUAUUCAUCCCGGUGAGUUUCCUGACUCUGCUUCUGAUUCAAGCUAACGUGAAAAGUAUGUCUUUUGAGAUCAUGACUAGACGGUUUUCCACGACACAAGGACACGUUUAG